AAAACCUCGGCCAUGAUCCAUCACGUGCACAUAUGUUCCUUAAUUACUUGCUUCACAAACGAUGGCAAGGUCACAAAUGAGGAAUUGAGGAAAAAAAUAGAAAAAAUGAAAGAGCUAUCCGAACAAGUUCCCGAGGGUGAACUUGAUUCUUCUGGUCCAAAUGAUGUGUUCUCCAAAGCUAUGGGCAAAGAGAAAUCUGGAAGUGUGCGCAUAUAUGGGCUAGGGGUUUGCCCAUCUGAUGUUUGGGGUGAUGUGCCUAGCAGUGGCACAUCUUAUAGGAUGUCAAUGGAGUGGAAGACAGAGCUAGAUAAAACAAACCAAAAAUUGGAAGAGCUAACGAAUUUAUAUUUGCAGAGUCAAGCAAAUGAGGCUAACUCCUCAAACACUCGAGUCACAUCUCCAAACAUUCCAGUCUCAUCUCCAAACCAACACAUUGGUUUAUCAACAUCUACUACCCAACAAGGACGUGUUAAGGUGGGGGAUUGUGUUUAUUUCAAGAGCGUAGCCAACCCCAUAGAAGUUGUAGGCAAAGGGCGGAUUGCUAGUAUGGAUCCAUCUACGGAGGUGGGCGGAGUAGAACUCGGAGUUAAUUGGUGUGAGAUUCAUGUUCAAAUCCCAAUGCACCUGAAAGUGCAGCUAGAAGGAGUUCUUGAGGUACAAGAAACUCUUGAGGCUCCUCAAAGUGCCUCAUUAUGA